CUAUAUUCGUUCCACAAACUUCCAAUUAUGGUUAGUUAUCAAAAACGGGGAAGAUGUGCCGAUGAAGAAAGUCGGAGACAAGUUCCUCCCCAAGAUCAAAGACGAAUUUGAUGCCGAAGACAUCAAGAAAGUAGAGAACUACGCAAAAGCGAUUAACAUGCUCUACUGCGCGGUCAACCCCGAUGACUACCGCAAGAUCUCCUGCUGCUCAACCACCAAGGAGAUGUGGGAUAAGCUCGAGGUGACGUACGAAGGAACGGACCAAGUACGUGAAGCCAAGAUCGACUUCCUCACCCAAGAGUAUGAGAUGUUCAGGAUGAAGGAGCACGAGAAGAUCGACGAUAUGUUCGACCGUUUUUCCAAGAUAGUCAACGAUCUUCAUGCAUUAAAGAAGACGUACACCGGCAGGGAUCUUGUGCGAAAGAUCCUACGGAGCUUGACAUCCGAAUGGCGAUCCAAGGUCGAUGCCAUCUAUGAAUCAAUCGGCACAUCAAAUGUCACCAUCGACGGUCUAAGAGGUAAUCUAAAAACCUAUGAAUCUACUAUUCUUAACCCGUCUUUGAAUGACCAAAGGAAAGGGAUAGCAUUAAAAGCCGUCAAAGAAUCAACGAUGGAUGAUUCAAGCGACGAUGAUGAAGUCAAGCUUGUCAUGAAGAAGUUU